AUCAAAUUAACGGCAAAAUCUCACGUGCUCUCACGUGUCCGUUACUCUUCCAUCCAAAAUCACCAUGUCACAUGACAGGGGUUUAUGUGGGCUUCGUGGAAACCACGGUUUCCAUGAAAAAUCCAAAUUAGGUUCUCCGAUGAGAACCCACCAUCGGAAUCUCCAUGGAACCCGAUGUGGAUUCUUUGGAAAACCCAGUUCUGGGUGAAUUUCAACCUAUUUUCCAGUAUUUUCGUUCAUUUUCACUUGACAAUUUCGAUUGCAUGUUAUUUUCCUUGCUAGAUUAAGGAUUCGAUUUGUCAUACUUGAUCGAUUUACGGUAUUCCUCUUUUAUAUUCCGACGAUCUGUUUCUUUUCUUGUAGAAAUCUGCGAAGUUUUGGAGAAUCUUGAGAUUAUCAUGUUCUAUUUAUGAUAAUUGUUGACGAUUGACGUUGUGGCUUAGAUAUAAUUUUGAGUAUGAUAUUUAUUUUGUUGAUUUGUUAUCCAGCGAUUCUGUCAACGAAUUUAUCAAGCUUAGGAAUGCAGUUGGAUUUGGGGCUGUUUUUUGAUUUUUUUUUUUUUUAUAUUUAUUUUGUUGAUUUAUUAUCCUUCAGUUCUAAUCUCUACAAAGUUCUCCAAGGAACCCGUAUCGGGUUCCAUGGAGAUCCCGAUGGUGGGUUGUGGUUCUUCAUGGAACCCAUGGCUUUCAGAAACCCAAUAAGAUCUGGUGAUGAUGGAGAGAGAGGGGUAGAGGAAGAAGAAAUUAUUUUCUCAGUUUGAUGUGGGUUCUUUUGGCAACACAGAUUGUAGUUCUAUGGAGAACCCAGAUUUGGGUUUUUGUUAUAAUUUUCUUGGUUUAAUUUUUCUUGGCAUAUCCAAUGAAUUUCCUUGAUUGGAAUGAUUUAGAAUAAAUUAUUAUUGAAUUU